GUCGCAUGGUUUCAUAGGGAACGGAAGGGGGGUCAGUCGCUGUCAACAGAAGACAAGUCUAAGAGGGCGAUCUCGGGCUCAGAGUGAGCUCGGCUCCAGGUCAGCGGUAUGGUCACUUGUCAACUUUGCAUCUGAGCCGUGAGUGUGCCAGCGGUACACAAUUUCGCGCGUAAACACUAGUAGUAAAUUUGGGGAGAUAAAAAUUGUACGAGAGCGAACCGACACUAUUUUCGAAACAAUGCCAAGAAACAUUCAGAAUGACAACAAAAAAUCCAGAGAAGUAAAUCAGUGGGUAUUCAUUGCCCCAGAAGAUGCCGUUUGUGGUCAAGAACGCGAUGAAUCAGAACCUGUGUUCAUAAAGAUUCUGCAUCCUCGCACAGGUAUGGAACAACAGUUUUUGCUCUCUCACAGUGGGGAAAAGAUCUUUGAGGUCUUGAAAUUUACCGAAGAACCCAGAUCAUGGUUUAUAGAGGACUCUGUACAAAAAGGUAUUGAUAAACAAGCUGACUAUGUGAGUUAUGCAUUUGGGUUGGUAUCUGAAUAUCUAUCCUUGCAGUGGAGUGAAAGACUCAAGGAAUCAUUGGGCAUCACAGAUGAAGCACAAUUAUCAUCUCCAGAGGGGCCUCCCACAAAGACUGCCACGAAGUUAACAGCAGCUCAAAAGUCACUAUCCAUGGUGGAUAAUAAAGGCAUGAAAUCGAUAUCAAGUUUCUUUGGAGGUGUAGGUGGUAAAAAGACCAAAAAGAAAUAGUGAAGUACUUUUGUUACUGUUAGUGGUUGUUUGGAUUUCUGCUUUUAAAAGUGACUUUUUACCCUAUCACCUUGCUUAGUAAAAAACUAUUUUUCAA